AUGGCUAGGAGAAAUGAGCAAGAACGACUCCUUAACGAGGCCUUGAACAACUUGGCGCAAGUUAUGGCCAAUCAGGGAGGCAGUGGAGGAGCAACUAUGUACCAUGGUUUAGAUCACUUUCAGAGGAACAACCCACCUACCUUCAAAGGAGGUUAUGAUCCUGAUGAUGCUGAGGCUUGGUUGAGGGAGAUUGAGAAGAUCUUCUGGGUGACGGAGUGUCAGGACCAUUAUAAGGUGUUGUUUGCUACUCACAUGCUAGCAUAUGAGGUAGAGCAUUGGUGGGAGAACACUCGGCCACGUUUAGAAGGAGCAGGUGGUGUUGUUGUCCCAUGGGGGACCUUCAGACAGACUUUUCUAGAGAAGUAUUUUCCAGAAGAUGUGAAGAAUAGGAAAGAGAUGGAGUUCCUUGAGCUAAAACAAGGGAGUAUGACAGUGGUAGAGUAUGCAAUGAAGUUUGAGAACCUUGGAAGGUAUUUUCCUCAUUAUCAGGGGGAAGCUGGGGAGAGGUCCAAGUGUGUGAAAUUUGUCAAUGGCCUCUGA